CGCGUGACCCAGCGGGGCUGCCGUAGGCGGCCGGAGUCAACAUGGCGGCGGCCAGGACCAGGAAUGCGGCAUCGGGGCUAGCGGGGGCCUGAGGCGCCGAGCCGCGCAGGCCCCGGCCCCAUGGAGCGCGCCGGGGAGGGGUUCCCGGCCGCGGCCGUGGCGGCCGUGCUGAAGCCCAGCGCCGGCCUGCCCGAGGCGAGCCUGCAGGUGCGGGGCUACGACUUCGACCGCGGGCUGGAUCACCGCGCCCUGCUCCAGUCCUACCUCACCACCGGCUUCCAGGCCACCAGCUUCGGGCAGGCCGUGCAGGAGAUCAACAGGAUGAUCGCAGCGAAGCUGGAGCCGCUGGGCGAGGAGGAGGAGGAGACCCGCGCCGACCUGAACCCCUGCCGCCGGCAGCCUUCGGGCUGCACCAUCUUCCUGGGCUUCACCUCCAACCUCAUCAGCUCGGGCAUCCGCGAGACCAUCCGCUACCUGGUGCAGCACAACAUGGUGGACGUGCUGGUCACCACAGCAGGCGGCGUGGAAGAGGAUCUCAUCAAAUGCCUGGCACCUACCUACGUGGGGGAAUUCAGCCUGCGGGGGAAGGAGCUUCGGCAGAGCGGGAUCAACAGGAUCGGGAACCUGCUGGUGCCCAACGACAACUACUGCAAGUUCGAAGACUGGCUCAUGCCCAUCCUGGACCAGAUGGUCGCUGAGCAGAAUGUGGAGGGUGUGAAAUGGACCCCAUCCAAGAUGAUCGCACGGCUGGGCAAGGAAAUAAACAACCCUGAAUCGGUCUAUUACUGGGCACAGAAGAACAACAUCCCGGUGCUGAGCCCGGCCCUGACGGACGGAUCCCUGGGGGACAUGAUCUUCUUCCACUCCUACAAGAACCCCGGUUUGGUGCUGGACAUUGUGGAAGAUCUCCGGCUGAUCAACACCCAGGCCAUCUUCGCCAAGAAGACUGGCAUGAUCAUCUUGGGAGGGGGCCUGGUCAAACACCACAUCGCCAACGCCAACCUGAUGAGAAACGGGGCCGACUACGCCGUCUAUGUUAACACGGCACAGGAGUUCGACGGCUCCGACUCGGGGGCCCGGCCAGACGAGGCGGUGUCCUGGGGGAAGAUCCGCAUGGACGCCAAGCCCGUGAAGGUUUACGCCGACGCCUCCCUGGUUUUCCCGCUGCUGGUGGCUGAGACCUUCGCCCAGAAAGCCAGCGCCUUUGCCUCCGAGAAGCAGCACGACUGAGACCCCCCAGCCCAGCAGGGCCCUGGACUGGGGCGCAGCGUGGGGAGUCCUAGGCCCCAGGAACAAAUGGGCUCGUACCCAAGCCCAGUUUCCUCUCUCCCCUGCCCAUCACCAGAGACUGCCCCCCUCUCCCCCCGCCUCUGCCCCUGUGUCUGUGCCGGGAUCGCAGGGAAGUGGGAGAGGGUCUGGCUUUAUCCCUUUCCCUCUCUAUAACCCCCUGCUUCCAAAUUCACAAAGGCUGGGGCGUGCCUGGGCGUCAGAACUCCUGGUUCGAGUCCUGGCUCUGCCGCUGACUGGUUGGGUUAUGCCCCCCGCCCCCCCGCUGUAGAAUGGGGGUGGCCUUGUCUGCCCUCGGGGGCUGGGAUGCUCGGUGCAUUGAGGCCUUAGGUGAGGGCAGGGUUGUGACCAGCUCCCCCCAGGGUGUUGGCAGAGCCUGGCACCCACCUGCCCCCCAAUCUGCCUUGGGCCCCAUGGACUCCUGCUGGGGCCUGAUUGAACACUUUGGGUGGCUGGGGGCAGUAUGGCUAGGCCUGGUCCCACGGAUGCACGGCACAUGUUAAACAUGAUUUUAUUACUCAGCUUUUGGGAAAGAGCAACUGUGCUCCCAUCCCACGCGCUCAGGACACCUGUUAGCAGCAGCGAAGAGCCAGCCAGCCGGCUUUCGCGGCUUCCCUCUAAUGUCAGUGGCUGAGCGGCACUAAACCCUCGCUGCUGUGUGUUCCCUCUCCAGUGACCCCGAGGGGAGAAUGCCCCUAGCGCAGGCUAAGGGAGCCCUGUUGUGAGGGCAGCCUGGGGGACAGGAGCUGUGCCCCCCUAGGGAGAGCCGGGGCGUGUCCGUUGUAACCUGUGCUAGGAACACCCCCUUUUGCAGGGGGGAGAGAACCGCCCAGCAGCGCUGAGCUCUGGCGCCCGCCCGCCCCUGCCGUUCUGCAGCAGGGAAAACAGAGAGUUUAGCUCCUGGCUGGAGCUGGUGCGCAGGUGUCAGUUUCCACGCGGGGUGCUGGUUGUGCCCUCACUGGACCUGUCGGGGGCAGGGGGAGGGUGACUGUGGCGUACUUGACCAAUGGAAUGGACGCCUGGCACUGGGGGAUAGAUUUUGGGGAAGACUUUAAAAAACCAAAGCCCCAGAUGGGUGACGGUUAGAGGCCUUGGGGGGUCCCCCUAUUAAUGUCUUCUGAAGUCUCCCCACCCCUGACCCUCUGAGCCAGUUGUGGCUGUGUCCAGAUGCCCCCUGGAGGGUGGGGUGAUAGUGGGGGGCUGUAGGGUCACUGGUUGGUAGAGGGUUGCUGGGCAGGCCCACGACUCCUGCAUGGCUGGGCUCUGAGCUGCUGUGGAGGGCAAGAGGUCGCCCCCCCCUGCCAUGCUCUGGGGCUCACUGCUGCUGCCCCCCCCUAGAGUCCCGGCCGCCCCCACUCCGAGACGGGGCUCAAUAAAGCGGCUGCCCCAA